UAUGAGUUGGUUUGUAUUCGUUAUACUGCCCUUCCUCACAACAUCUUUGCCCACGGAACCCUUAGGAGAAGGUGGACUACAAACAUGGUUCGCCACCUACUGGGUGCAGGAGGUCAGCGGAAACCAGUCCCUGUCAGCACUGAAUCCAGAAGAUUGUCUUGUUUGCUCUACUCAGUUCUCACCUAAAUAUCCAUUACCCUUUCAAUUUGUACCAAUAGUUUAUAAUUUUUCUUCAUUUAAUUUGUCUAAUGUAAAUUGUUCUUCCCCCUAUGUGCAGUGGGCUGCUUCUAGUGUUUGGAAUAAUUGUUCUUCACAAUUUAAUUCUUAUGUGUUUCCAGUUCUUAAUGCUUCAGGUCGAAGUAAUCAUAGCUUUCCUUUAAUUGAUAGUGUUAGAGUUCCAGCAUCUCAUCGUUGGGUUUUUGUUGGUAAUAGUUUAACCCCAGCCCCUAUUUGGGUGGGUAUUUAUUCUAAUUGUUCUAUGUGGAGUUUCUCUUAUGCUAAUACCUCCCUAACUAAACCCACUCUUACUUACACCUACCCCCCUCCCCUUAAUUGUUCUUAUCGUCUUAAUUAUAACAUUCUUUUUGGAACCUUUUAUACCUCCAUAACACAUACGUAUCUGUUCCAUGCCCAGCAUAUGCAUCAUGCUGAGGCUGCAUGUAUCAAUCGUGCAUCCAGCUUUUUCUCUGUGGACAAUAAUAGGUGGAGCCAUACCACAAUUUCUUCCUUAAGACCCAGUCAUUUUUGGAUUUGCGGUAAUGUCGCAUUUGCUGUGCUUCCUCCCAACCCCCGGGGUAUAUGCACCAUUGGCACCCUGUAUCUACAAGGGGGAGGUAUUUAUACCUUGCCAUCUAGCCACCGACACCGUCGUAGUACCCGCUCGUUUUGGACUCGUUUGCAAACAGCAGCUUCCUCCCUCGCCUCCUCUGUUGUUAGUUUUAACCCUGUCGGUUAUAUGAUGUUACGUGAUCAAGUGCUGUUUCAAUCCCUUGCUAUUAAAAUGCUUGCUAAUAUUAUGGCCAAAGGCCUCUCCUUAGCUGAAGUUCUCAUCUUCUUGGGGACAGGCGAGCAGAGAGGAUCAGCAACGGGAGAUGGCAUCGUUCAUCUCUAG